AUGGAGAGGCGCAGUAACGCGCAAUAUAGUAAAAGAAAUACCACACGAAAUCCAUACAAUCGCCGAGGCUCAACAUGGGCACAAAACUCUCAAGGUGCACGUGCUUAUGCACAACGUAAUCGUUCGGGACGCGGUAUGACGGAGGCUAAGCAGUACGCACUAAAAAAAGGUUACGAACUUGAUAAGAAGUUUGGGUUUUCUCUUCUUCCAGAAUUACUCGAGCAAGAGAAAGAGACACAAAAAGAAGAACUGGAUACAUUUGGAAAUGAAAAUGAUCGUGCUAAGCUUGGAUGGCUCCUUAAUAUGCGUGCUUGUACACUUCUCGACCCAAUUGAUGGUAAACACGAGGUUAGUGGUCUUGAUCUCUACUUUUUAGAGCAAGAUGGUAAAGCAUUCAAGACAUGUAUUAUUUACCAGCCCUACUUUUAUAUUCGUCCUGAAGUAAACCGAUCACAAGAAGUGAUUGCGUAUUGUUUACGACAAUUUGAAGGACUUGUUGCGAAAGCAGAGCGUGUGUUUCGUGAAGAUUUAGAUCAAGCAGAUCAUUUAAAUGGAAAGAAAGCACUUUAUGUGAAAUUGAGUUUUGCGACAGUAUCGGAUUUAAUGGCUGUGAAACGAGAAUUAACUCCAUUGAUUGCUCGGAAUCAGGAAAAGUUACAAACACGACAAGCAUAUGAAAUGCAGGGAGAAAUGCGAGAACAAAUUACGGAGGAUGAUCUUGUGUUUGGGUUCGAUACUGAUGGAAAACAACGGAUCAAAGUUGAUGAGAAUGAAAGCUCCUUAUUGGAAUUGAGAGAGUUUGAUGUACCGUAUUCAAUGCGAGUAGCUAUCGAUCUAGAUAUUCGAGUUGGUGCAUGGUAUCACGUUGCAUACGAUCCGACAGCGCCAUAUGUACCCUCAAGUGUCGUACGACAGAAAGAUAUGGUGGACAAAGCAGAACCUGUUGUAUGUGCCUUUGAUAUUGAAUGUACUAAGGCUCCAUUAAAGUUUCCAGAUACACAGGUUGACCAAAUUUAUAUGAUUUCGUACAUGAUUGACAAACAAGGAUAUUUGAUUGUCAAUCGCGAGUUUGUUUCGGAAGAUAUUGAAGAUUUUGAAUAUACUCCAAAGGAGGCGUACCCUGGCUCAUUUCAUGUGUUUAAUAAAGAAAAUGAAGAGCAAUUACUCAAGUGUUUUUUUGACCAUGUAAGUGAAGAAAGACCACAUAUUUUUGUUACGUAUAAUGGUGAUUUCUUUGAUUGGCCAUUUCUUGAUGCACGUGCACAAGUGUAUGAUAUUGACAUGGCGCAUGAACUUGGAGUUUCGCUUGACGAACGCAGUGGCGAGUAUCGUGGGCGCUGUAGUGUGCACAUGGAUGCGUUUUGUUGGGUAAAGCGUGAUUCGUAUUUACCUCAAGGAAGUCAGGGUUUGAAAGCUGUCACAAAGUAUAAGCUGGGAUAUGAUCCAGUCGAGGUCGAUGCAGAAGAUAUGGUUGCACUGGCCCGUGAUGAACCGUUAAAGAUGGCGUCUUACUCAGUAUCUGAUGCCGUUGCUACAUUUUAUUUGUACGACAAAUAUGUACACCUUUUUGUGUUUUCGCUAUGCACAAUCAUUCCAUUAGCUUCUGAAGAUGUUCUUCGAAAAGGUUCGGGCACUCUUUGCGAAGCUUUAUUGAUGGUUGAAGCCUUUCAAGGCAACAUUAUAUGUCCAAACAAACAAAGUUCUGGUCGCGAUGAACAGUUUUACAAAGGUCAUUUGAUUGAAAGUGAGACAUAUGUUGGUGGUCACGUUGAAUGUCUUGAGUCUGGGGUUUUUCGUGCUGAUUUUUUGUAUGAUUUUCAAUUGGUACCUAGUGCCUUUCAGCAAUUAAUUGAUAAUAUCGAUCGAGAUCUAAUCUUUUCACUUGAAACAGAAUUGAAUGUUUCAGUCGAACAAGUUGCUAAUUAUGAAGAAGUGAAAAAGAAUAUUGUCGAUCGCCUUAUUGCACUUCGUGAGCGACCAAAUCGAAAGGAGCAGCCACUUAUUUACCAUUUGGAUGUUGCAGCAAUGUAUCCGAACAUUAUAUUAACAAACCGUUUGCAACCCUGUGCUAUAGUGAAUGAAGCUGAUUGUGCCGCAUGUUCAUACAAUACCGAAUGUGGUCGAGCAGCUAUUCAGGAUAAAGAUGCUUCUUGCCAGCGUGAAAUGGAGUGGGUUUGGCGGGGUGACUUCUAUCCUGCCACGCGACCUGAAUACUACUCGAUUAAGACUCAACUUGAGUAUGAGAAUUUCCCGCUAGAAAAAAAAGGAGGAGGGGCAAGGGGCAAUGAAAAAAACGGUUUCCAGCGUGGUUUUCAAGCUACUGUAUCCUUUGCUCAACUUUCAACUGAAAAACAAGAACUUUUACUCAAACAGCGAUUGAAGUCCUAUUGCUCUAGUGUGUACAAGAAGACUAAAGUCACUGAAGAGCAAAAGCGAUCUGCUACAGUUUGUAUGCGCGAAAAUCCAUUCUAUGUCAACACAGUACGAGCAUUUCGUGAUCGUCGCUACGACUAUAAAGGACUGACAAAAGUUUGGAAAACAAAAGUGGUGGAAGCUACAGAAGCAAAUGAUCUUUUAGGAAAGAUUGAAGCGCAGAACAAAUGCCUUGUGUACGACUCCCUCCAGCUUGCCCAUAAGUGCAUUUUGAAUUCAUUUUACGGCUAUGUGAUGCGCAAAGGUGCACGCUGGCACUCGAUGGAGAUGGCUGGUAUUGUUACACACACGGGAUCAAACAUCAUCACUGGUGCACGCGAGUUAGUGGAGCAAAUCGGACGCCCGCUAGAGCUAGAUACUGAUGGUAUCUGGGCAAUUUUGCCCAAGUCAUUUCCCGAAAAUUUCUCUUUUAAACUCAAAGAUGGAAGCUCAAAGAAUAUAUCGUAUCCAUGUGUAAUGCUAAACGCAGAUGUGAAUACAAAGUUCACAAAUCCUCAAUACCAUGAGCUGAACCCAGUGACAAAAAGGUAUACUAUUCAUAAAGAAUGCUCUAUUCUGUUCGAGGUGGAUGGUCCGUAUAAGGCUAUGGUGCUUCCUGCAUCGACUGAAGAGGGUAGGCUGUUGAAAAAACGGUAUGCAGUCUUUAACUUUGAUCAUUCUUUGGCUGAGCUGAAGGGAUUUGAGCUCAAGCGACGUGGUGAAUUGCAGCUUAUCAAAGCAUUUCAGUCACAGGUGUUCGAGUGUUUUCUCGAUGGCACGAGUCUCGUAGAGUGCUACGCAUCUGUUGCGAAGUGUGCGAAUCGAUGGCUUGAUGUUAUUGACACAAGGGGCAAGUCCAUGGAUGAUGAAGAGUUGAUGGCGCUCAUUACGGAGAAUAAGAGUAUGUCUGGCAAGCUGGACGAAUACGAAGGCCAAAAAUCGACUUCAAUUACAACUGCCAAACGUUUGGGCGAGUUUCUUGGCGAGGAAAUGCUUAAAGAUAAAGGCUUGACAUGUAAGAUGAUAAUUGCUGCACGUCCGUAUGGUGAAAAAGUGACCGAGCGGGCAAUUCCUACAGCAAUCUUUGCUACAGAAGAUGCUGUGAAGAAACACUUUUUAAAAAAGUGGCUGAGAGAUCCUCAUCUCCAAGACUUUGACAUUCGAUCGAUUCUUGAUUGGGAUUACUAUCGUACACGUUUUGCCUCGACUGUACAAAAAAUUAUUUCACUACCGGCAGCGUUUCAAAACGUACGAAAUCCGGUCCCUCGAAUUGAGUUACCUGACUGGAUGAGAAAGCAAGUUCGCGAAAAGAACGCUAAACAUCAGCAAGGAAAUAUGAAGCAAUUCUUCAAAGCUACUGCAAAAGACUAUGAUGAUGGAGAUUAUGUGGGAUAUUUAAUGGAUUUAGAAGAUAUAGGCAAGAAACAAAGUGUUCAGUUAGAUAAAGAAAAAUGGAAGAAGGAUAAAGAUGACAAUAGUAAUUUGAUAAACGAGAUUGAUGUGGAUGACGUUGAUGAUAACAAAGUGAAACUUGGAGAUGUUCCAUUUUCCCAGUGGCUUACGAGUCGAAAGAAGAAAUGGAAGUCGUUGCUUGGUAAACGGCGGCAUGAACGGAAUGAAAGAAUGCGCAAUUAUAGUGGUGUGGGUGGAUUUGGUAUGACAAAUACUUUAAAUGGUAAAACAAAACGCUCGCAAACGAGACCCAAUACUGCACUAGCACUAAAUGGCAACGGAGUUGGCAUGGAGAAUUUUGUUUAUGAUGCAGGAAGUGCUUUGCAACGUGAAUAUUGGCAGAUUGUAGAGAUUCAGCAAGAACUUGCAGGAGUAUUCACCUGCUGGGUAUUAACAGCUCAUUCUCAAAUUCUUCAGCGUAUUUCCUUAAAGAUGCCGCGGGUUUUUUAUAUUUCUUGCGCAGAAGCCGAUCAAGCAAAUUUGCUUGAAAUAUUACCAGGCUCGCGGCGUGUGACACGACUCGUGCCCCACUUCUCGACCAAGCCUCAAUCGGUUCUAGAAGUGAUGCUAAGCGAGCGGCAGUAUCAACAUUAUCACAAGGAGAUUACUCAAAUUUUAGGUGAUCCUUCUGUAAAGGGUGUCUACGAGCUGCAUGUUUCUGCAUUAACACGUGCAGUUUGUGCACUCGGAUGCGUCGCGAAGGUUGUUAAUCCGCACCUAUCUAGUACCAAUCAGGAGUAUGAACUCAGUGAUUUACAAUUUCAGUCGACAGCGCAGGCUUCGUAUCUUAUGGAGCCGCAGCAUGAACAGAGAACUGAUGCGAAACACUCGAAUUCAUUAAUGCGGAGAGUACUGCUCUACUUUGCACAGCAGAAUAAACGGGCUAUCCUUGGUUUAGUUGUUCUUAAAGAGACAGAGAACGCGACGGAUGCUUUUCAAAGUGACGGUGAAGCCACUGUAUGGUAUGUCGAUCCUUUCUCAAGCGUCAAGUCUCGAGGUUCCGAUCUGAAACAAGCUUUUCAACAACUUUUGCUGGAUUCUCAAGAGGCAGGUGUUUCUGCUUCUAUACAAAGCUGCUCUUUCGUAACUCACGUUGUAAAAGAAUCCCAAGAGGCAUUUUCUGGUGUAAAUGCGGCUCUGGCGCGACUUGCUUCCAGCACACAACUUCCUCCAAAACCGACGAUUGUUUUGGCUCAGACGUGUAUAACGUCCAGCAAACGUCUUCGCGAGAAGAUACAAGGCCUUCAUAGUUUUCCACUUGCUAUCCUUCCAUGGAAUGAAGAAGAUACACUCUUUCCAGCUCUUACAUGGCGAAAACUGAUGGGAGAAAAAAUGCUAAUGCGAUGUUUUAAGAUGACUCCAUACUAUGCGGAUGUGCUUGACUGUGCCCGAUACGCACACUUACCUGUUGGUAACUUUACAGGAGAUCAUGCAAUCGCUAUUUUAGAUACACUGUACUCACGGAUCUUGAUGAAACACAAACAUUUGUGGUGGCACUCGCCAACGUCGCUGCCAGAUUUGGGAGGCAAGGAGCAGGACCAGCAGUUUCAACAACUGUUUAGUCACUCGCUUUUGGGAUCGACGCGGCAGAAGGCAAGCGAUGCUCUUGUAGACGCUUCUGUAGGAGUAUGCGAGAAAGGUUCGUUUGCCGAUGUGUGCGUUGAGCUUGAGCUGGAUGGUCUUGCAGUAAAUGCGAUUCUUGUGGCAUCACAGAUUCAUCAUAUUGAGGGUUUUGGAGCUGCACAUCAAAUGGAGAUCGAAUUUGAUGGCACCGGUGACGAUGAUGUGAGUGAAAAGAAAGAAGGACUUGCUACAGCUUCAGAGGGUGAUCCCGAAGAAAGCUGCCACGAAGCUUUUCGUUUGUUACGUUUGAUGGUGACGACGUUGUUUAAGGAUUUCUUGGCGAGUCGAAACAAGUUUGCGGAUCAUCUGCUCCAGCAAUUUUACCGGUGGCUCUGUUCGCCUACUUCUUUGAGUUUUGAUCCAGCACUCCAUUCAAUGGUCAAACGGUUAAUGGAAAAACUGUUUUUACAGCUUCUGGCUGAGUUUCGUCGCCUUGGAUCACACAUUAUUUACGCUGAUUUCAGUAAACUUAUUGUGUGCACAAAGAAACAGUCGGUGCGGGACGCACAGGUGUAUGUGAAUUAUAUCUUACAGACUGUGCUGUCGAAUGAGCUUUUUCAAGUACUUCAUUUCACGCCGAAGAAAUAUGUGGCCAAUCUUUUGUUUAUGGAUGCUGAAAAUUAUGGCUGCAUACUAUUAAAGCAUAUCGUGCCAGGGAUCAACGAGUCAAGCAAUGACAAUAGCGAGGACAAGCCAUUGGAAAUUGUUGCUCAUUGGAACAUUGCAAACUAUUUGCCUCGCGGUGUUGAUGAAUACUUUCUUAUCCUCAUUGGUCAAUUUAUUCGUCGACGCGCAGAAUUUCAGCAAAAGCAGUUAACAAAAAGUGACUCAGCAGCGACCGAUGAUGCUGAAGAAGGUGAAGAACCUUUAGAUCAGGAUGAAAAGCAAGUGAGUCCACUUGCAAAAUAUUCUCAAAAGUUGAUUUCAUCAUAUUUUUCCGAAAAGCUGCUUCGAUUGAUCCCAGAGAUUCUGGCCUUCAAUCUUGAUCGAGACAGCUUUCCUGUCUAUGCUGGCUCACAUCUUCAAAUGGAAUCCCCUGCGCUCGAACUAGUGAAGUUUGUCGUGGCAGUUUUUCAAUUAGAGCCAAGUGUAGAGGCUCAAGUUGGCAAGAUGAGACGCACGUUGCUUAAGCUGCUGCAUACAAGCGAAUUUGGUGAAGAGGCGCAAUUUCGAAAUCCAUCCUUAUCAUUUACAGUGCAAGAUGUCAUUUGCCUAAACUGCAACCUUUGCCGCUCUAUUGAUCUUUGUCGAGAUCCACAAUUGUUCAGAAGAUCUACAAGGGCAAACAUAGAAGGCGACGAGGAAGAUGCAAAUGAAGAAGAUACAGAAAUGACGAGUGCGUGGUAUUGCCCUCGAUGCUUUGCAUUAUACGAUAAAAACGCGUUUGAAAUGCGACUAGUGGAACUAGUUCAGGCCCAGUCUGUCGCUUAUCAAUUGCAAGAUCUUUACUGCACUAAGUGUCACCUGCCAGCCGAGCACAAAAUGCGUGAAUAUUGCCCGUGCUCAGGCACAUAUACGUUGCUACCUGGAAUGCAGGAAUCUCUUUUAGAGACGGUGCGGCUUUUAAGGAGGAUUGCACAGCAACAUCAUUUUGAGUGGUUAUUAGAUACGACUCAGCGUCUAGAGCGCGUUGUUGUACAGCCAGUGCUCAUGUAG